UUUUAUUCAGUUGUUAGUCUCGCUCCGAACAUGGCCAAGACAAUGGGCGAUCCAGCCAAGCGCUACAAAUUUGUAGCCCGCAUUAAGUUCUGGCGAAGAUCGCGAGUGGGCAGCGAUAUUACACUGGGUGUCCUGAAGUAUAAAAUUACCUCUAAGCAACCGCAACAUUUUCAGUUUACUAAGAUAAAAGCUUUCAUGCGUCGUGCUCUGAAGGAUAAUUACAAUUACAGCGGCUCCUUCCAAGAGGCCAUCAAACCAGUACUCAUUAUUGCCCAGAUAUUUGCCCUGAUGCCUGUGCGUGGCAUUGGCUCAAAGUUUGCAGAAGACCUGACCUUCGCUUGGUCCAGUUUCCGCACAUAUUAUGCCCUGGCAAUGAUGAUUUCGUUUGGGAUUACCGCUGGCUAUAUUGUGGCCUUCCUCACGAAUGUUUCCUUUGACUUUGAUUCGGUGGAGACGAUGAUGUUCUAUGGCUCCAUAUUCCUCAUCUCAAUUUCAUUUCUGCAGCUCGCAAGACGAUGGCCCGCCAUUGCCCAGGAGUGGCAGGCAGUGGAGGCCAAGCUGCCGCCGCUGCGGCUAGCAAAGGAACGCCGAUCCCUGGCCCAUCACAUCAAGAUGAUUACGCUGGUUGCCACCACAUGCUCUCUGGUGGAGCAUCUGCUGAGCAUGACAUCCACGCUGACCUUUGCAGUAGCUUGUCCACACUGGCCCGCUCAUCCCAUGGACAACUUUCUGUACUUUAACUUCUCGACGGUGUUCCAUUUCGUUGAGUACACCACAUUUCUUGGUCUGUUGGGAAAGGUGAUCAAUGUGCUGAGCACUUUUGCCUGGAACUUCAACGACAUCUUUGUGAUGGCUGUCAGCGUGGCACUGGCCUCACGUUUCCGACAACUCAACGAUUACAUGCAGCGCGAGGCAAGAACGGCCACCACAGUGGAGUAUUGGAUGCACUGCAGAAUCAAUUUCCGGAAUCUCUGCAAACUCUGUCAAGUCGUAGACGAUGGCAUCUCGGCCAUAACUCUCCUCUGUUUCAGCAACAAUUUGUAUUUCAUUUGUGGAAAGAUCCUAAAGAGCAUGCAAACAAAGCCCUCUGCCUCGCACACCAUGUACUUCUGGUUCUCGCUCUCGUAUCUGCUGGGCCGCACACUCAUUCUGUCACUCUACAGCUCCAGCAUCAAUGAUGAGUCCAAGCGGCCGCUGCGGAUCUUUCGCCUGGUGCCCAGAGAGUAUUGGUGCGAUGAGCUCAAACGCUUUUCCGAGGAGGUUCACAUGGACACGGUGGCAUUGACGGGCAUGAAGUUCUUUCGUCUGACGCGUGGCGUUGUUAUUUCGGUGGCAGGAACUAUCGUGACCUACGAGCUGAUUCUGCUGCAGUUCAACAAGGAGGAAACGACGGCAUUUUAUUGUUGUCGCUUUGCCCUAAUUAUAGACAAGUGCAAAACAACAGGUGUUUUUAAUGGCCAUUCAAAUUGGCAAUGGAAAUUCGCUUUUCUGGCAGUAGUCCUUUGGAGUUGGACACAGCCGGAACACAUGAUGAAGUUUCUGCCUGCAAAACUCGAAAGAAAGUUCCGUCGCUUGAAGAAGCACGCGAGGUCGCCAUUGAUGCGAAAGCUGGAUGUGAUGCACGAAAGCGCACGCCAAAAAGUCUUUCAGCAAAGCUGCGAUGAAUACAAAGAUCAAAAGGAGUCCGAGUUUGAGUGUAGGAAACGACCGACAAAAAUGCCUGGUGGCUCGAGGGAAACCUACCUCAGUGAUGGCACCUUCCACCAGGCCGUGGGCAGGGUGCUGCUUGUGGCCGAGUUCUUUGCCAUGAUGCCGGUCAAGGGCGUGACGGGCAAGCAUCCGGGAGACCUAAGCUUCUCCUGGCGCAACGUGCGCACUUGCUUCUGUCUGGUAUUCAUCACCUCCAGUGUGGCAAACUUUGGACUAUCGCUGUUCAAGGUGUUGAACAAUCCCAUUAGCUUCAACAGCAUCAAGCCCAUCAUAUUUCGCGGCUCUGUGCUGUUGGUUCUCAUUGUGGCUCUGCGGUUGGCGCAGAAGUGGCCCGCUUUGAUGAUGUACUGGCAUGAAGUGGAGCAGGGCUUGCCGCAGUAUCCAUCGCAGCUGGCCAAGUGGCAGAUGGGACACACCAUUCGAAUGGUUAUGCUUGUGGGAAUGAUGCUUUCCUUUGCGGAGCAUCUACUCAGCAUUGUAUCGGCCAUUAAUUAUGCUAGGUAUUGCAACGGCACUUCUGAUCCCAUAAAGAACUUUUUUCUGCUCACCAACGACGAGAUCUUCUACGUGACCAGCUACUCCACGACCUUGGCCUUGUGGGGAAAGUUCCAGAACGUCUAUUCCACGUUUAUAUGGAACUAUAUGGACAUGUUUGUGAUGAUUGUCAGCAUUGGAUUGGCAGCAAAGUUUCGACAGCUGAACAAUGACUUGAGAAACUUUAAGGGAAUGCACAUGGCGCCGUCGUACUGGUCGGAGCGUCGCAUUCAAUACCGAAGCAUUUGCAUAUUGUGUGACAAAAUGGACGAUGCCAUUUCGCUCAUCACAAUGGUGUCCUUUUCGAACAACCUGUACUUCAUUUGCGUUCAGCUGCUGCGUAGCUUGAAGUUUGUACAACAGUCACUGACACGACAGUUUUAACUAUUCAUUAAUGCACUUUCCAUUUGCAGCACCAUGCCUUCGGUGGCCCAUGCCGUUUACUUUUACUUCUCCUUGAUAUUCCUCAUUGGUCGCACGCUGGCCGUGUCGCUGUAUUCCGCCAGUGUGCACGAUGAGUCACGGGUCACUCUGCGGUAUCUGCGCUGUGUGCCAAAGGAUUCUUGGUGUCCGGAGGUCAAGCGCUUUUCGGAGGAGGUAAUCAGCGAUGAGGUGGCACUCAGUGGCAUGAAGUUUUUCCAUCUUACACGAAAGUUGGUAUUGAGUGUGGCAGGUACUAUAGUUACCUAUGAGCUGGUGCUCAUCCAGUUCCAUGAGGAUAAUGACUUGUGGGACUGCAAACAAAGUUAUUACUCGUAAUUUAAGAUAACGUUUUAGUUUGCA